GAGAGACUACUUCCGGGGCGGUGCCGAGAAGCCGUAACGGAGGUGACGUAGGCCGUGCGCCGGCGGCGGGAUGGAGCACCAGCAGCAGCAGCAGCAACUGAGAAACCUGCGUGACUUCUUGUUGGUCUACAAUCGGAUGACAGAACUCUGCUUCCAGCGCUGUGUGCCCAGCCUACACCACCGAGCUCUGGACGCUGAGGAGGAGGCCUGUCUGCACAGCUGUGCUGGGAAGCUGAUACAUUCUAACCACCGCCUCAUGGCCGCUUACGUGCAACUCAUGCCUGCCCUGGUACAGCGCCGCAUCGCAGACUACGAGGCAGCCUCGGCUGUGCCAGGUGUUGCUGCUGAACAGCCCGGAGUCUCAUCAUCAGGCAGCUAGCUGUCCCCAACCCUAGGAGGGAAGGCGCUGAAUGGGCCCUCAGAUUGAAGGACCCAAUGGACCUUGAGCUUGGUGAAUCCUAUACAGAAAGAAUGAAGGGUUGCCUGAAAGCUGGGUAUCAUUGCUCCUUUUUCUGGAGCCAAUAAACCCGCUUUUAACUUGUUUAGUUUAUAUUGUGGGCAGGGAGCUUUUGUGUACUUUAUUGGUACCAUCGCUUGUUUUGUCAUUUAAAUGGUAUCUGCUGGCUUCAUCCCUGGUGACUGAGAAGUUGCCUUCUAUGCGUUAGAAGGAAAACCUCAGCAUUUCCAGGCAUCUGAUUAAAGCAAGGUUUGUGUUUACAAUGUUAAGGAACAGGAAAUGUCAUGCUUUAUUUUAGUUACUGUUUAUAACAAAACUACAAGUAAGAGGUAUUAGUUCCACUUAAAAGAUAUGGAAGCAAGAGUCUGGAAUGUACCAGAUGCCCAUUUUAUGCACAGCUACCUGAUGAGAAAAGUGGCUCCAAUCUUUGGCUGCUAUCUCUUGAAUAAAUCUUAAACAGAAAAAUAUGUUAGGAAGGUAAAAGUAGCUGACCAGGACCUUCCCUACUGAGUGGCUUUAUGUCUACCCUGUAAAUUUUUCUCUUUGGAAAGUAUAAAUGCAAAUAAAACAUCUCAUGUACUUGUACUUCUCAACUCCCAGAAGACAGAAGAAUGGGGCCUGUGAUACUGUGCUACUGAUGGGAGAAUUCUUCCACAUCAACAUUUGUGUGUAUCUUUGUGAUAAACCAUUGUGAAAUA